CAUUGUCAUGUUAACUUCAGCUGGUGAGACUGAAAACAAUCCUCAUCCCAAACUAUAAAAGCUUAGAAAAUUUCAUUGGAGCCAAAGAGACAAGGAAAAACACUGAACAAUGAAGCUGCCAGCUGCACUGCUGCUUCCGGUGCUCCUGCUGGAGCUGGUGGUGCGGCCCGGUUCUGGUGAGACCACGACCUGCCUGCAGGGUCCCCCCGGAGCCCCAGGGGUGCCAGGGAGAGAUGGCAGGGAUGGAGCUCCUGGACCAAAGGGAGAGAAGGGUGACCCAGGUCCGCGAGGGGAAAAGGGUCAUGCUGGUCUCCCAGGAAAAGCUGGACCCCCUGGAGUGUCAGGAAAUCCUGGAGGGCUGAGACAGGGGGACGUUUAUGCCUUCCAUGUGGGGCUGGAGAAAUCCUACCCGAACGAUGGAGCACCCAUCACAUUCACCAAAGUGUUCUACAACGACCAAGCUGUCUACAGCACCGACACUGGAAAAUUCACCGCUCCUGUGAAAGGGGUCUACUUCUUCACUUACCACAUAACUGUCUACAGUAAGGAUGCAUGGGUGACGCUGAAAAAGAAUGGUGGGAUCGUGCAGUUCACUUUCAUGGAUCACCUUGAGAAAACAGUCCAGUCCUCUGGGGCAGCAGUUUUGAUGCUGGAAGCCAAAGAUUCGAUCUGGUUACAGGUGCACAGUGCAUCCAAUGGGCUCUAUGCUGACUCCAAUGAUGACACAACUUUCUCUGGCUUUCUGUUGCAAGGUCUGGAGCACUAGAGCACAGAUCACUGGACAUGCAGACAUCUCACAGCUACUCACCAUUAACUAAUGCCAAUAAUAUUGAAAUAGGACAGUAUCACUUUUUUUCUAAGCUUUAGCAUUAUAAACACUGUUUCAAAUACUCUUAAUGAACAAAUAAAAAAAUACAUACAUGUAAAAAUAAAAUUUCAGCAACUUAA